AUGGAGCAUAUCACUCAACACCCAGACAAAUAUGAUACAGAUACCGAGUAUCCAAUGGACUCUCGCAGCCAUGAAUCCGACGACACAAUAGAGGAAAUUGACACCCUCGAGCUUACCCGUAUCAACACAUAUCGCCUGCAACAAAAAACAACUGUCGGCUCAACGAGAGGGCCUCUUCCCCGUGAUAAAUGGCUUCCUAUGGGUGCCAAUAAAGACUUUCCACCUCUGCUCCCGGAUUCUGAAGGCUAUGUCGUGGAGUUUGAUGGAGCCAAUGAUCCUUUGCAUCCAUACAAUUGGUCUACAUCUAGGCGAAUAAUGCUAGUUUGCAUCUUAUGUUAUGGUACCUUCGCCGGGUCGUUUACAAGCGCUGUCUUCUCGGCUGCUAUUCCUGGCUUCAGCAAGGAGUUCAACACAAGCACCGAAGUUGGCGCACUUGGAGUGACACUCUAUGUCCUUGGCUUCGCCGCCGGGCCAACAAUCUGGGCACCGGGAUCAGAGCUGAUCGGCAGACGUUGGCCACUAUCUCUCGGACUUUUCGGAUGCGCCAUCUUCACCUUAGCAUGUGCAGUUGCCAAAGAUAUACAGACGGUCAUGAUUUGCCGUUUCUUUGGUGGCCUUUUUUCGGCUAGCCCGAUUUCUGUUGUUCCUGCUGUGUUCGCUGACUUGUUCAACAACACCCAGCGGGGUGUCGUCAUGUCGAUUUUCUGCAUGGCGGUGUUUAUCGGGCCCUUUUCAGCACCGUUUGUGGGUGGCUUCAUUGCAAUGAGCUCUCUAGGUUGGCGAUGGAUAAUGUAUAUCUCUGCAAUCAUGGUCUUCCUUGGGUUUAUCCUAGUCUUUGCCUUCCUUGAGGAGACUUAUGCUCCAGUCAUCCUUGUCCGCAAGGCAGCCACCCUACGUCGACAAACUCGCAACUGGGGCAUCCAUGCCAAGCAAGAUGAAGUGGAAGUGGAUGUAAAGGAGCUUCUGCGGAACAACUUUGCCCGGCCCAUUGUGAUGUUGUUCACGGAGCCCAUACUGCUUCUGAUCUCAUUGUACAUUUCAUUCAUCUACGGGUUGAUGUAUGCCUUAUUGGGCGCAUAUCCUGUUGUUUUCCAAGGCGUUUACGGAAUGAGUAUGGGUGUUGGUGGACUUGCAUUCGUCGGAAUUAUCAUCGGCGAACUUCUUGGCGGUGUUUAUAUCCUCCUGAUUCAGGGUUCAUAUAGGAUAAAGCUGGCUGCAAACGGUGAUAAGCCCAUACCCGAAUGGCGCCUUCCACCUGCCAUCAUAGGAGCUGUGCUGUUUGCCGCGGGAAUGUUUUGGUUCGGCUGGACCGGAUACACUUCAUCUAUUCACUGGAUGGCUUCUGUAGUCUCAGGACUAUUCACCGGAGCGGGGAUCUUUUUGAUCUUCUUGCAGUGUUUCAACUACAUUGUUGACUGCUAUCCUACGUUGGCUGCAUCCACUAUUGCUGCAAACACGAUCUUACGCUCAGCUAUUGGCUGCGCCUUCCCACUUUUCUCCAGACAAAUGAUGGAGAACCUGGGGAUCCAAUGGGCGGGGACAAUGCUUGGAUGUAUCGCAAUCGUGAUGAUCCCUAUUCCUGUUCUGUUCAAGGUAUACGGUCCAUGGCUGCGAACGAGAAGCAAAUUGGCAUGCUCGCCCAUUUAUGAUGUUGAAAAGAAACCUUAUGAUGUCUGA